GCGCGUCGUAGCUGGGGGGUCGGCGUCCACGGAGACGUGCGCGGUGGCCGCCGCCAUCGCGGGCAGUAAGUUCUCUGUCGUCUUCCUGAAGAUGGCCAUCCAGGGUGCAGUGGACACGCUGGUCGUGGAGCACUCGCUGGCCACGUGGCGUAUGCAUGUCGACGAUCUGUGUGUCAAGCAGCGGGGUGAGCAGCAGUGGGCGGCGGAUGUCUUCCCCGGCGUGGUCGACGACAGCAUGGGCGCGGUCAUGGCCAGCGCCAAGUGGCUCCGUGAGGCCGUGCGUGCCGGCAUGGGCGAGCGUGGAUUGCCCGUGGUGCGUGCGCGCCCUUGCCCGGGCGUGGACACGGUCGUGGCGGGCACGGUGGCCAAGGCCAUGGGUGGCAAGCGGUUCAGCAAGAUGAGGAAGCGCGCCACCAGGCCCCUCGACCUGCGCCGAGGAGCAAAGAGCUUGACCUUGCAGCUCGCCCUGGCGAAGGAGGAGCCCACCUUCGAGGCCGCUGAGGCCCGUGUCCCGCGGUGGGCUCGCGCGGCGUGGGAGAUCGCGGUGGCGGACGAGCUGGGGCGCGCAGCGGCUCGCGACGCGGCGGGGGGCUCGACGGCGCAGUUCAUGGGCCUCCCGCCAGAUCAGCUCACGGAGGAGCUAGAGGAGGUGGCGGCUGAGCGCCAGGACUUGGGUGAGACCUUGUGCCUCUGGUCGUCGCUCUGGAUCCAGAACUUGCGCGGCGCGGAGUUUCAGGGCAUCGAUGCCUGGCUCGAAUGGUGCGUCCCGUUCGCGGAUGGGCUGCAGCUGAAGGUGCACCAGGUCGCUGUGGCGCUGUGUAGGGAGUCGUGGGCGCGAUCGGUGUGGCGGAGGCGGGCCUGGUUGCGCCAUCUCGACGGCCUGGACGACGAUGAGCUCAUCGGCAUGGUGGAGCACCGCUGGCGCGAGCUGCGCGGCCAGCGCCGACGGCCCAGGCGGAUGCUCGGGAGCGCGGUCCCACCGCCAGCGCAGGGCGACGAGCUCGGAGCGGGGCCUCAGGACUUCGACUGUGUGUACGACGACGUCGGUGACGCUGUCAGCUUCCUCCAGCGCGUCGUGGUGAUCAGAA